AUCCGAUCCGUGCCGCCGCAGGGAGUGUGUCAAGUUACAGAGGCGCCGGAAUCGGCCCCAGCGCUCCUCGCCAGCCGCCACGACCCACCUCUGCCCAUGGGGCCCUCCAUGUGCGCCCCUUAGCCCGGGGACUGAAACUGACUGGCCCGGGAGACACGAGGCGCCCAGAAGGACUGACAGCGCGGCACCAACUGCUCUGCAGACACUUGAAGGGAAAGACUGGGCGGAGAGAAGGAGAGCCGGUCAGAUUCCCCUAACUUUCCUGGACUUGGAACGUUCUUCGAAAUAACUUUUUUCUCACCUAGGUGUACCCCAAUUACCGCUGGUUGUGCUUUUUCGGCACUUCCCCUCCUACGGCUAAUUUUUCCGUCCUCUUUGCCGGGAGCAACGGAAAGGGACGUUUUCCAGCGAUACAAGCCCUUUCCCCCUGCCCCGCAGUUUGGAUAGAGCCUUUUGGCAGCGGCUCUCGCCUUUAUUUAUUCUAUUUAUUUAUUUAUUGGUUCUCAAGACGCGAGAGGAUGGUAGCGGAGCGCACCCACAAAGCGGCAGCCACCGGUGCCCACGGCCCUGGGGAGUUGGGCGCGCCCGGGACGGUGGCUCUGGCGGCGGCGCGGGCGGAGCGCGGCGCACGGCUGCCGAGUCCAGGGUCGUGUGGGCUGCUGGCCCUGGCCCUCUGCUCACUGGCACUCAGCCUGCUCGCCCACUUUCGGACGGCGGAGCUGCAGGCCCGGGUGCUGCGCCUGGAAGCGGAGCGCGGGGAGCAGCAAAUGGAGACGGCUAUUUUGGGACGAGUCAAUCAACUGCUGGACGAGAAAUGGAAGCUCCACUCAAGGAGGCGCCGGGAGGCCCCAAAGACAUCUCCAGGAUGUAACUGCCCACCAGGACCUCCUGGUCCCACUGGAAGACCCGGACUCCCAGGAGUAAAGGGCCAACCAGGCGAGAAGCUCCUUCCCUUUGGCUCCUUUCUUUCCCGCUCCUCUUCUCCAUACCUCCCUGCCCCUCGCUCCCUCUCCCCCUUCCUCUCUCCCCGCAGGGGUCCCCCGGAGACGCUGGGCUGUCCAUCAUUGGUCCCCGCGGCCCCCCUGGUCAACCAGGCACUAGAGGUUUCCCUGGAUUUCCGGGUCCCAUUGGGCUGGACGGCAAACCGGGCCACCCGGGACCAAAGGGCGACAUGGGUCUGACGGGUCCCCCAGGACAGCCGGGACCCCAGGGACAAAAAGGAGAAAAGGGUCAGUGUGGAGAGUACCCACACCGGCUGCUGCCUCUCCUCAAUUCAGUGCGACUGGCUCCACCCCCGGUCAUAAAAAGGCGGACAUUCCAGGGUGAGCAGAGCCAGGCCAGCAUCCAAGGUCCACCAGGGCCCCCAGGACCCCCUGGACCAAGUGGACCUCUGGGGCACCCAGGACUGCCAGGGCCUAUGGGGCCACCCGGCUUACCUGGGCCUCCUGGACCAAAGGGAGACCCAGGAAUCCAGGGCUACCACGGCCGGAAGGGAGAACGGGGCAUGCCAGGGAUGCCAGGCAAGCAUGGAGCCAAGGGGGCUCCCGGAAUUGCCGUGGCUGGGAUGAAGGGUGAGCCAGGGAUCCCAGGAACCAAGGGUGAGAAGGGGGCUGAAGGCUCCCCUGGGCUUCCUGGCCUCCUGGGACAGAAGGGAGAGAAAGGUGAUGCUGGCAACUCCAUUGGAGGAGGCAGAGGGGAACCUGGCCCUCCAGGGCUCCCUGGGCCCCCAGGGCCAAAGGGAGAAGCAGGUGUCGAUGGCCAGGUUGGCCCCCCAGGGCGGCAAGGAGACAAGGGGGAGCCUGGAGCAGCUGGAGAACAGGGACCAGCUGGCCCCAAGGGCUCCAAGGGAGAACCAGGAAAAGGAGAGAUGGUGGAUUACAAUGGAAACAUCAAUGAGGCUCUCCAGGAGAUCCGGACGCUGGCCUUGAUGGGGCCUCCUGGUCUUCCUGGGCAAAUUGGCCCACCCGGAGCUCCAGGGAUUCCAGGACAGAAGGGGGAGAUUGGACUGCCAGGCCCUCCAGGACACCAUGGGGAAAAGGGACCUCGUGGUAAACCAGGAGACAUGGGCCCUCCUGGUCCCCAAGGCCCCCCAGGAAAGGAUGGACCUCCAGGAAUGAAGGGAGAAAACGGGCACCCAGGGAGCCCAGGAGAGAAGGGGGAGAAAGGGGAGACAGGACAAGCAGGCUCACCGGUUCCUGGGCUGCCAGGGCCAGAGGGGCCUCCCGGACCUCCGGGGCUCCAAGGUGUUCCUGGACCAAAGGGGGAAGCAGGACUAGAUGGAGCAAAAGGAGAGAAAGGCGUCCAGGGAGAAAAAGGAGACCGUGGUCCCCUGGGACUACCCGGUACUCCAGGACCAAUUGGAGUUCCAGGCCCAGCGGGACCAAAGGGCGAGAGGGGCAGCAAAGGAGACCCUGGGAUGACAGGACCAACGGGAGCAGCUGGGCUUCCUGGUUUACACGGACCACCUGGGGACAAGGGAAACCGGGGACACCGAGGUUUUAAAGGAGAGAAAGGGGAGCCGGGGUUACCAGGGCUGGACGGACUGGAUGCCCCAUGCCCAUUGGGCGAAGAUGGCUUACCAGUCCAAGGCUGCUGGAACAAGUGAUGCCUCUAACCUUGGAUUGGCCUGUGUGUGUUUGUACAUAGAAUAUUUAUUUUUAUACAGUUUUCACUUUUUGAAAAUGCCAGAAGUAUGAUGCAUCUUACAGAUUAUUAAAAAAGAAAGAAAAACCUGCAUAUUUUGUACAGAAAAUAUCAACCUCUUCCCUUUUGUUUACAAGAUGUUUUGUAUAAGCCCAUGUCUCUAAUACAUUUUUUGUUUGGUCAUAAUGUCUGCAUGAUAUUUGUGCACACUUAUUAAGUAUCAAAGCUUAAUAAAUUACUGUGUCCUGGUGCCAAAGGGGGCCAGCCAGAACUGAGGUGCUGGCUAGCUCACAUGUGAAUUCACAUAAAUGUAGAGGUCCAUGAUAUUUGCUAAGCUAGGUGUGUCUAAGAAUAUUUUAAACCCUUAUGGAUUUUCAUUAUUAAAAAUGAAACAUGGCAA